AUGCUAGACGAACGCCCCAAAGAGAAGAUCAAAACCACGGCAGACGCCAUCCGGGCCUACGAGGCCGCCGCCAGACGGGCCAGUGAGUUUGAGAAAAUCAGGGUCAACAGCCAACAUGCUCAGAAGGACAAGCCCAUGAACUUCGAGUCCUCCUACCCGCUGCUUCCUCUGGUGUUCGCCAUUCUACCAGCAGUGGCCAGUGUCCUCUACGGCGACAUUGCUAGCGGUCUACUCAGCGAUCUACUCACACUCAUUGUUGUUGGUUGGAUUCUAUGGUCUGUCAGCGAGACCUCGUGGAAGUUUUACGUCAACUGCGCGCGCCACGAUGCCAAAUUACGAAAGCAAGCAGCAACAACGGUCGCAAUGGCAGCAGGAGGAACAGUUGGCGCCAACGUUCAACCCGCUACAACACAAGUGCCAGGUGCUUCUCCGACCGGCCUACCUGCUUCAACUUCUGCUCAAUCUGAAAGCCCCACAACAACAGCGCCACCUACAGCUACCAAUUCACCAACAGGCUCCACAACGCGGCCUCAGUCACGAGCCAAGCCCCAAGGAAUGCCCUCACGAUACUUUGCUGCAACUACCUAUCUAGGUGCCCAGGUUCUUGGGGCGUGUAUAAUCCACUAUGCACGAAUGAAUCUGUCGGCAGGCACUAAGCUCGUGUCCAAUUUCAAUAUCUUGCUCUACCUGACAGUGUCUCUGGGUCGUGGUUUCAUGCGGCUCCACAAGUUCAACCCCAACAAGAGAGACUCUUCGUCUCCAAGUGGCUGGACCGACUCUGACGAGCAUCGCGAGUAUGCCAAGCUGACAGGUCGACUGGGAGACCUCGAUACCAAGAUCACCAACAACGACGCCGUGUGGGAACGCGAGAUCAAUGAGAUCUGGAGCGCCAUCAACCAUGUCGCUGUCCAAUUGUCCAAAGUGAAACAGCGAGAACGUGACCGUGAACGUGAAAGAGAGCGGGCGCGGGAGCGGGAGUUACAGAAGGAGAAGGACCGAACAGGCAAAUUGCCUAAAAUAGACGAACGAGCUGAGGCCAGACGCGUGGAUGAGAAGUCCAGCCUUCUCAGAGACCUCAAGGAGCGACGACGUGAUAUCCGAGACCCCACAUACCGAAGUGAUACUCUAGUCAGAGAAUCAUCUUCUGGCUCAGCCAAGGAGUUGAAGCGUCGAGAACUACAGCGACGCACCUCCCGUGAAUUUCGAGAGAAAGAUUCACAUCUAGAAAACGGGUCCAGUGGAUCCCACAGAUCUUCCAAACUAUCCCGUCCAGGCACAGCUUCAGCUUCUCCUACACUUUACGAAUUUGAUUCUGUGAACGACGCAGAAAAGGCCGGAGGCGACAUUACUUCCAAGGCCCAAGUUAAGGUACGGCAACUCAGCCCGUCUUCGCCGUCACCCAAGUCUGUUUCUGUGUUAGGCAUUGCACUUGCCAUUAUGAGGGGCACGUUUUCUGCCCCUCUCGUCGUUUGUCGUGCACUGGUCAAGGAGGCCUUCAAGGUUGUUUAUGUCAUACUCGCUAAGAGAUUUGGACAACUGGAGGUAGCCUGA